CGAACAAAGACACGGAAACCGCAUGAGGAUGGGCUUUCUCUGUCGCGGUGGCGACGUCCGGUCCUUGGCCAUUUACCAAGAUGCUUCUUCGCACUAUAUCGUCCGCUAUCCUCGCCUUCGGCUAUGUCCAUGCAGUGUCCGUGAUGGUGUACCGCAAUGGCGAGUCCACGGGCGGCGUUGCGGUCGAAGUUUUGCCACAACAUGUGCCAUCGGGUCAGGCGCUUGCAGCAUACCUGUCCGACUUUGUUGACGUGGACGGCAUUAUCGUCCAAGCAGAAGAUGGGAAGGAACAAGGGAAGAUCAUUGCCGACCGUGUCGUGACUGGAAAAGGUGUGCAUGUGCACGCGUACGACGACCUCCACGACGACGACAAGCUGUACCUCGUGCCCCCCGAUUUUCAUUUUGUAUGGCCAUACGUUGAGUUCGGUCAUCGCGUGGCUGUGGAAUCGACACAAUCGCCGACUGGAAAGCCGAUUAUCAUCGAGUCGUUCAACGAUUCGCCCCGGGUGUUUCUGCUGCACGACUUCUUUUCGGCGGAGGAAGCUGAUCAACUCAUCGAACGGACCCUGUCCAUCACGGACGAAGCGGAAAAGCUCAAACGAUCCCGUAUCCUCGCAAAGGAAGUGAAUUCUGUGCGCACCAGCGAUAACGCGUUUGAUUCGACGUCCAACGUAGCCAUUUCUCUCAACAAGCGGUCAUUUGACUUGCUGCGUCUUGGUGAUUACAAAGUGUCCAUGGCGGACGGCCUGCAAUUGCUUCGCUACCAGCAAAAACAAGCGUACAUUCCACACGACGACUACUUUGAAAUUGGGUCGAAAGUUGACUCGGACUGGAAUUUUAAUCCCAAAACGGGCGGCUCCAAUCGAUUUGCAACGGUGUUCAUGUACCUGUCCAACGUAACGCGGGGCGGCCAGACGGUAUUUGUCCGUGCCAACAUGCCAGAAGGAGUUGGGCAUGCCCCACCUCCGUCAGAAGCAGAACUCUCGAUCUUUCCUCAAGGCUCAUGGGAACAGAAAAUGACAAAGCAGUGUUUCUCCAAACUGGCGUCAUAUCCACAAAAAGCCCACGCAGUCUUGUUUUACAGCCAAAAAGGAAAUGCGGAACUCGACCCCAUGGCGGAGCAUGGAGGCUGCCCGGUUUUGGAAGGCACAAAAUGGGGUGCCAAUUUGUGGGUGUGGAACAAAAAGCGCUUGAAUGGUGAAAGUGGACCCAUUGGCACAACGUUUGCAAACGAUAUGGACAUUCCGCUCGACUUGUAUUGGGAGUCGAAUCUCAUGGCGACCCUGGCGCCGCACAAGUCCAUCUAUUACACGUCAUACGCUGGACAUGCAUGGUCGUUCAAAGAUCCCGCGAGUGGAAACGUCGUCCGCGAAUUGAAACUCAAGGAAACGGACUCCGACACCCAGCGAAUCGUUGCGACUGGUGUCCCUGCCCCUACCCUUCGACCACAUCCUGUUGACGAGCUGUAACCUUACAUGUGGAGUGGUGUGAUUCCAAUUAUUCCGUCGUGAACCUCCUAUUCUUGUCGCA